UCAGGUGGCUGGUGGGCCCGUCCUGCGAAUUGGCGGAGCAACACGGACGUAACUUUUGCUGGUAUAUUUGCCAUUGCAUACGGAGUCUGGACCGUCAGCGCAGACCGUGAGGUCAGACACGUUCAACCUGAUCGACCUAUCCCGUCCAUGAUGUGGGCAAAACAGUACAAGGACCGAUCUCGGGAGAGCUGA